AUGAGAGAAUUUGUAUGUAAUAUUUGUGAGAAAACUUACAAACAUAAUCAAUCUUUGAAUCGUCAUUUGCGUUUACAACAUUCAAUUGAGUGUGUGAAAUGUAAUCAGAAUUUUAGUACUUAUCCAGAGCUUUUAAAGCAUAUGAAGUCAAUGGACCACAAUGAAAAAAAAGAGGAAAAAACGGUAUACUGUGAAAAUUGCAAUUUAGCUAUUCCAAAAAAUCAGUGGAAGAAUCAUAUCAGCACUAACACACACAUCGAUAAGUGUGUAAAAUGGUUAGAUAAGGAUGUGUCUUGCUUUGGAUCUAGCUUUCAAAAUCGAAUAGAAAGUUAUAAAAUAAAAAAUAGUGAGAUCAAUAACUUGAUACCCGAAAACUUUUUCAAAUCAAUUCAAGAAAAAGUAAUCAAUAUAAUUCAAAAGGCGUUGCAAAAGCAUGAAUCUAUUAAAUAUAAUUGUACACUACAUUGUAAUUAUAUUUUGAUGAAAGAGAAAGCGGAAGAUGAAAUUAGUUUAUUUACACAUCACACAAAAAUGUUGGUACUAUCUCCCUCAAGUACACUGGAAGAAAUUUUAAAUCAUUAUAUUGAAAAUUGUAAUGAAAUAAUUAAAAAAAUGAGUGAAUUCCAAGAACGAGAUAGUGGAUGGACUUUAAUCGAAAUAAAACAUCUAGAGAUCAACAUCAACAAAUAUACAUGUUUGAGAGGAUCUCAAUACAUAAAUCUUCCUCCCAAAAUAAGGAAUAAAAAGGCUUGCAUCAAUGUGCAAAACAAUGAUGUCUAUUGUUUUAAAUGGGCAAUAAUAUCAGCAUUAAAUCCACUUCCAAAGGAAAAGAAACCACAUAAAUGUAGCAACUACAAAGUAACGGACAUUAAGGCACACAUUAUAACAUUGGAAAAUAAUAUAAUAUUAAAUUUUGAAAACAUGGAAUUUCCCCUUACCAUAAAUAAAAUCAGAGUCUUUGAGUUGCAGAAUCCUGAUAUAAGUAUAAAUGUGUUCGGUUUAGAGGAUGCUAAGAUUAUAGGUCCUUACUAUUUUACAGAAGCUGAGAAAUCAACUCACAUCAAUCUUCUCCUAAUAGAAGAGGAUGAUAAAUUUCAUUACAUCUGGAUAAAAAAUAUAUCAAGAUUGUUGCGAAGUUCUAUAACAAAGAAUAAAAAUAGGAUUCAUUUUUGUAACACCUGCUUAACUCAUGUUUCUUCAAGUAGUAGACUAGAGAAACACAAACAUCAAAAAUUCAUCAAUUGUACACACAACAUAUACAUAAAUUAGUUUUAAAUUAUUUAGAUGAUAAGAGAUUUAUAAGAGAAAAUGGUGUUGACACCUAUGCUUGGGGACACUAUAAAAUAAAAAAAUAAUUAAAAGAAAAAAAUGGUUUUGUUUGUUUUGUUUUUUUCACAAGAUAUUAUAUUUAUUAAAGAGAAAUUGUAUACAUAAAUGACCACAAUUGUAAGUAUUAAAUUUUUGUUUUUGUUUAUAAUUGUAUUCGAUAGGUGGUUUUAAAUAAUUAAUAAUUUCCAACGGUGGUUGUAAAUUACCAAAACUAUCAAAAUAUUCCUUAUAGUUGUAAUUUUUGUAAUAGGCAACCCAAUGUGUUCCUGGCCCAUUAGUUGUAUCUAAAUUAACUAUUCCACAUUCUUGUCGUAGUGGUUUGUUUGGUAAUGAGUCACGCAUAAAAACCCCUCUAAAGUGUUUCAAUGGCUUGCAGUACUUAACCAAAUCGAUAUCCGUCAAUGGUCGAUUGGGUAAUCUACUUAGAAGUUUUUUGGAGCUGGUUUAUAGUAAAGUCCAUAUCCUUUUUUAUAAGGUUUAAGAUAUAAUCCUUUUCCCAUAGCAAUUGAUUCCAUAUAUCUGUUAUGACGAGUAGCUUCAGCUAAUUGUUCUUUCCCAUUUUUGAUAUCCUUAACUGCUUUUACAAUAGCCGAUCCUCCAGUUGCUAAACCUCCAAGGGCUGAUAACGCAGUUAAAAUUGGAACUAUUGGUAGAAAUCCACCAAUUUUUGGUACUCGAAUGA